UGCUCCACAAAGUGUAGGUUUCUUAUCUCGUGGUUUUGUGUUUGUAAAGUUUUUGUAGAUUUCUCCUUCUUUUAAAUUGAAAAUGUCACAUACCAUCCUGUUAGUGCAACCAGGAGCCAAGCCAGACACAAGAACAUAUUCUGACUAUGAAUCAGAAGAUGAGUGCAUGGAAGGAAUAUGCAAAAUCUUUGAAGAACACCUAAAACGAACCAAUCCUAACACACCAUCGAUCACUUACGACAUUAGUCAGCUGUUUGACUUCAUUGAUGAGCUGACUGAUCUCAGUUGUCUCGUUUGUACAAAGAGCAAGAUGUACACACCACAUAACAAGGAGUGGAUAAAGGAGCAAAUUUACAUCAUGCUACGAAAGCAAGCUGGAAAAUAAACACUCGUACUUUGGAUAACAUAUUUCACUUGAACAAUAUCUGAACAUUCUCACAAAUGACGUUUCAUUUCUAAUUUUUUUCUUUUCUCUUUUUGUAUAUGAGUGAUUUUCACCAAACUGGGAAAUAUUAAUUAUCUGUUAGCAGGUAUUAAUUGAAUUUCAGAAAAAUUAUUCUAUGGAUGUAGGGGUCUGCUAAGAACAGGUUUUAGUUUAAUAACUUUUUCAAAGUUUGGUGACAAUUGCAAUAAAUUUUUUAGGCAUCUUGAUGACUGUUUCACAUGCUUCAUAUGAUCUAACCAAACAUCAGAUCCUAACAAAAUGCAAGUCAGUAUCAUUGCAUGACUAUCACAAUAAGCCUUUAUUGAUGAAGCCAAUGAGAAUGUAGCUUCGAGUAGGUAGUUCUAGAUGUUUUCUUUCUGAACCUUUUCUAUGUUAGUAACUUUAUAUUUUCUAAUUGAUGGAAUUAUUGAUAUUAA